AUGAGUUGUAGGAUGGUGUUUGGAGAUUGGCAGUUGUUGGUGUGCAGUACUGAUGGGGGUGAACAAGGUUGCAAGGGACAUAGAUAUGCAGAAACAUUUUCCCUCAGGGAUCAAUAAUUAGGAGGUAUCGAUUUAAGGUAAAGAGCAGGAGGUUUAGAAGGGAUUUAAGAAAGAACUGUUUGACCGCGGGUGGAGCAUUUCAAUUCACUGGCUGAAAGGAUGGGAAUAAUCACUCGAAGUGACAUUGCAUACAAGGCUAUGGGCCAAAUGCUGAAAAGUAGUUCUACAGUAGAUCAAUGCUUGAUGACUGACGAGGAAAUAAUGAGCUGAAUAACCUUUUCCUGUGCUGUAAAACACUACGAAUAAUCGUCAGAAUUGGAAAGAGCUGGAGAUGUAGUUUUAAGUUGUAAGGGGUAAAUGUGGAAUUUUAUGGGGUAAGGGAAAAGGCGCAAAAGAACAUUAGGGAAAAGUUUGCAGCACGCCCGCGAUCAGGUGGGAUAAUAUAACAAAAAGUGGGGGCAAAGGGCGUGACCAUGACGUAAACGGAAGAAGGCAACAUUAAAAGUAACUAGGAUUUUCAUCCAUUUCGAUUUUUAUUUCAGUCAAAAAUGUACAAAAAAGCACUCCCUCCACAACAGUAACAUACAAGUAUUUAAUCUUUGCCCUGCUUUUACCCGGGGUCAGUCACGUGGAGGUGAGUGCGCGUGCGCGGUACAGUCCAAAGUUAACCGAACCUAAACCUGAUGGCGGGAAAGGCCGCGCGCCGCCGAAUUUUAAACGGACGGUGAUUGUUUUAAAAAAGAGCAGUGUGAAUAUGGAUUCGAAAACCGCGAAGGUUUCCACAUGGCUAUCAAAGAUUUUUGAGGAUCAGCAGAUCCCCUUCUAUGAAGUGAAUCCAUGGACCAUGGAUGUUCUGUAUCGUCUGAUGGAGCGGAAUGAAAUGCGUGAUUGUGAUAUCAUGCAGCUGAUUGAGGAUGUGAAGCAAAAAUCUGUGGAGUAUAAGUCUGAUGCCGACUACUUGCAAGAUUUCAUUAUGGAGAGUGCAGGUUUAUCCUCCACUAGCCUCUCCAGUAAUGGAUCUAGCUGUCUGAAAAACCUGGUGAAUAGCAGCCUUGCUUUGGACCUAAAAGAUACCUCUCAAACCAGAAUGAUGCAGCGCAGAAGGGGUUAUUUUGCCCUUCGUAUCUGCUUCAAGUUUGUUGGAAGAGAAUCCAAUGAGUCCCCCACCAGUACCUUUACCCAUAGCCCAAGAAAAUAUUUAUCAAAAUAAAAACCGAAAGAACUG